AUGUGUGAUCUGUAUUCGCCUUGUUUUCCGGAAAACAAAACGUAUGAGGAGUUAGUCAAACUUGUGACGGAGCACUUAGAACCGCAGCGAUCCGAAAUCGCUGAGCGCCACGUAUUCAGACUGAGACGUCAGCGCCUCGGCGAAUCCCUCACGGAGUAUUUACAAGCAUUAAAACAUCUCGCGGCUACGUGUAAUUUUGGCAAAUGCAACACAUGUUCUACAUUGGAGGAGAACCUGCGUGACCAAUUCGUGUCGGGUCUAGCCAAUGACGCAAUGCGAUCGAGAAUUUUCGCCGAGAAGAAGAUCCAAUAUAAGGAGGCGGUGGAGCUCGCGUUGGCUUUAGAGGCUGCCGAAAAGCAUGCGGAACUGAGCGGCUCCACAAAGGUGUUGGCGACGGACUCAGGGGCGACGGGUGGCGCGUGGCAGCGGCGGCGUCAACGGCCGGCAAGGUGGGCAGCGCGCGCGGCCACUACGAGCGCCCGGAGCAGGGGGCGCGACGACGGCGGCUGGCGCAGGCGCGCGCGCGUGCUGGCGCUGUGGCAAGGCACACGCCGCCGACAGGGAAACGGCGCGGCGGAAAAUGCCGUCAAAACUAUUAAAAAAACAGUAAAGAGAGCACUGUACGAAGGCGAGGAUAUUAACGCGGCUCUUAAUAAAUUCCUUUUGAAAUAUCGCAACUGUGAGCACGCAACGACGGGCGUCUCACCGGCGGUGGCACUACAGGGCAGGAGGCUGCGCAGCCGCCUGUACGCACUGCGGCCAGACGUGACGGCCACAGUGCGCUCUAAGCAAGAGCAGCAGGUAGUACGCACCGCCGGUGUUAAUAGAGUUUCGCGUGGGGGAUGCGGUACUCGCACG